CGCGAGGUCAUGAACUGGAUUCCCCUGGCAAAUUUCUUAUAUUUUGUUUACAUAUUAUGUUUGAAAAUUGUUAUGUAUAUUUUGAUAAGUCACUGGUGAUUUGUAUCCUUUUUUUGGCAAUAAAAAAAAAAAGGUCAUGAACUGGAAAAUCAAACUUACAAUAUAUUGGCAUAUAAGAUUUCAUAUCACUAUAAAAACAUACUGUGUAUUUCAGAAACGAAAAUGUCUUAGUUCGUCUAAAAAAUUAUAAUAAAUAAUAGUUAUAUUUUUGUUGUUGUUGUUCAGUGAUCAUUUAUAUAUUUUGUUUAAUCUAAAUGUGCCUGUCCCACACUUUUGAGUCCUUACCGCAACACUGAACAAAUGUCAUAGUAAAUCUAGUUUCUAUGGAAACGUAAGGGCGUGUGCACAUGACUGACAGGUUCCCACACUAGGUCACUCACAAGAUCCAGAAAAAUAAGUGUACAUGGUGCUGAUAGGAAGAACUGGAGCCGGUAAAAGUUCUUCAGCAAACACUAUCCUGGGCAGAAGAGUCUUCAGAGAUGCUAAAAGUGCUUCAUCCAUCACUAAAGAGUGCUGGAAGGAGACCGGAGACGUUGCAGAUCAUCAGCUGGAACUGGUGGACUGUCCAGGACUCUUUGAUACUUCACUCUCAGAGAAAGAGAUGAUAAAGGACAUCAGUAAAUGUGUGAACAUGACGGCACCAGGACCUCACGCCAUCAUCCUGGUCAUUCAGCUGGGUCCAUUCACAGAAGAAGAGAGACUCUCAGUGGAGAAGAUCAGAGCCAUAUUUGGAGAAGAAGCAGAUCAACACACCAUCAUCCUCUUCACUCACGGAGAUGAACUCACACAAAGCAUUGAAGAGACACUGGAAGAGGCAGGAGAAGACUUAAAAGAGCUUGUAGAAUCAUGUGGAGGACGGUAUCAUGUGUUUGACAACACAAAAAUGCAUGAGCGCAGUCAGGUGUUGGAGUUCCUGGAUAAAGUCACUAACAUGUUACAGAUGAACGGGGAUAAAUAUUACACCGGUGACGUGUUUCAGGGUGUGGAAAAAAUGCUGAAGGAGAAAGAAGAAGAGCUAAAACACCAGUACAAUCAGAAGAUACUGGAAUUAACAACUGUACAUAAUGAAGAAAAGUCUCAACUGGAGGAGAUCAUUCAGAAACUGAAAGAAUCAGGGCAGGAGAAAGAACUGAAAAUUAAACAGUUGUGUUACGUCCUGAGGGACGUAUAUUAUAUCAUUGUGUUAGUGAUAUGUUUGAUGUGGUUUACUGUGUGUUGUGUGUCCCUGUGUAUUUCCUUGUCCCUUUCGCUCUCCAUUUAAGCAGGAUAAUGAGGCCCAUCUGUUGCUCAUCACCCAUGAUUGGCUCAGUCCAGGAAUGGAGACUAUAAGAGUCCCACAACUCUCUUCACACACAGAGACACACACAGAAUAUUUUCUCCUGCACUAGUUAUUCUAUCUCUUGGUCCCAGUUUUUCAAUUGUUGUGUGCUAACGUGAGUAAGACAACAGUCUUGUCAGUUGUCUUUAAGUAGAGUUGAUUAACAGAAUUGCCAUUUGUAGUAGUUUAAUGUUUAUAUUCCUUUGGGUAAUGCCUUACAGUUGAACGUGUAACUUCAAGUUCAUUACCCCAGUUUUAUCACAAUUUGAAUCUAUUUAAGUUGUUUGUGUUGUGGGAUUAUUUAGAGAGGGAGUUAGGGAAGUGAUUUGUGUUUUCUUUUCUUUUCCUUUUUGAUAAGUCACUUUCUAAACCCCUUUAGGAAGAAUGUCUUUUGUUGUUAUUUUGGCCGGUUCCACUUGUGAAGUUCUGUUUAUCCCACUGUUUUCUUUAAUAAACGUUGUUAUAUUUUUACUAUAUCACAUGUUGUUGUGAUCUGUGGUUACUCUGGGACAGGAUCACUUUUGCACUCUCUCCAAAAACACUUGUUACACACCUUCCCAUGCCCCUAGACCAAGGAAGCUGUGCCGUGAAAAUUUGAAGAGCAAGUGUAAAAAGUUUAUCAGAACAUAGGUGCUUUUAUAAGUAGAAAUACAACAAG